CCCGGCCCGCCCCGCCCCGCUUAUCUGGCCGGUCGGCCGCGGCCAGGCAGGCGGCGGACGGGCAGGGGGGCCGCGCGAUGUCGCACGGAGCCGGGGUCGUCCGCACCACGUGCAGCAGCGGCGGCGGACCGGGGGCCGGCGCGGGGCAGCCGGGCGCGAGGCCCUCGGAGGGGCUGCUGGACCCCGUCUACCCCCGCACGUACUCGGCCCUGCUGAAAGUGGCGCAGAUGGUCACGCUGCUGAUCGCCUUCAUCUGCGUCAGGAGUUCUGUGUGGAUCAGCUACAGUGCCUACAGCUACUUUGAAGUGGUCACCAUUUGCAACUUGAUAAUGAUCCUCGCCUUUUAUCUGGUGCACCUCUUCCGCCUCUACCGCUUGCUCACCUGCAUCAGCUGGCCACUGUCGGAACUUCUGCACUAUUUAAUCGCUACCCUGCUCCUCCUAAUCGCCUCCAUUGUGGCAGCCUCCAAGAGUUACAGCCAGAGCGGACUGGUAGCUGGAGCGGUCUUCGGUUUCGUGGCCACCUUCCUCUGCCUGGCGAGCAUCUGGAUGUCCUACAAGAUCUCGUGUGUGACCCAGUCAGCAGAUGCAGCUGUGUGAUGCCAACCCAGGCCCGGCCCCGCGGGGGGCCCUGCGGACAGGAGGGUCAGUGGGCCAGCCCCCACGAAGGGCUUCUGACCCUGUGCUCUUCUGCCAGAGUCCCGUCCACGCGGGUGGGCGCAGGAGGGGGGCUUCGGCGUCCUCCAGGGCUCCUGAGCCGCGCGGAGCCUCUCUUCCCAGUCCUCCUUGGAGAAGAGUCCUCCCCGCCUGGGAAAGAAAAGCAGCCUCCAGGGAAAUGUGGUCUCUCCCUCCUGCUUUGAGAACCACCUGCCUCAGGGACUGAUGACCCCACUUAACCCACGAGGGAGGGGUUUCUGAAAACUCCUGCCUAACUCUGCUUCUACUUCACAUUCCUCAGGGGAGUGAAGCUGCCUUAAGUCCUCUUAUAGAAACCAAGCCAUCUCCUAAUUUAUCUAGCUUGGAAAGCCUCUCUGGAGAGACCCUCUUCCUUUAAGUGAGGCGUGUCUGCAGAAGCACUCUGUGGUCAGCCUGUCCCCAGAUAGGAGAUCCUGGCUCCUUUCGGGCCUCAGCCUUAAUUCCCAUUGUGUGUGUGUGUGUGUGUGUGUGUGUGUGUGUGUGUGUGUGUGUGUGUGUGUGUGUGUCUGUGUGUCUGUGUCCAUGUGUGUGUUGUAUGUGUGUGUCGAUGUGUGGGCAUGUGUGUGUGUUGUAAUAAAAUAUUGACUUGGCCAAUUGCACAAGGAUUUCUUAUUAACUGAGGCUGUCGACCAGGAGUAAAGUGAUGGGGCCCACAAAGCUCAUGGGGAAGACUGGGGGCCCACCCCUGUGUGUGCACACCACCCCUUCCCCGGAGGUGAGAACAGCAAAGGAUGCAGAAGAUACGGGCCACUCAAGAUUUGCAUAUUUUCAGAGUAAAUUGGUGGUGAAGGGUGGAAGCCAGUACUGUUCACACAAGACAGAAAGUAGUACUCAAGAGCAACACAGGCAGCCCUAAAAAAAAAAAAAAGGGGGGGGUAGAAAAUUCUGGUACCUACUACAACACGGAUGAAGCUGGAAGACAUGAUGCUGAGUGAAAUAAGCCAGACACCCCAGGACGAGUACUGUCCAAUUCCAUUUACAGGAGGUUCCUAGAGAAGUUACAAUUCAGAGACAGAAAGUCGAAGGGUGGUGGCCGGGGCCCCGGGGCAGGGGACUGGGGAGUUCGUGUGUCCCUUUGGGAAGAUGGAGAUGUUCUGGAGAUGGAUGGCGGUGGCUGCCCAACAACAUUUAUAAUACCACUGCACGGCGCACCUAAAAAUUGUAAAAUUGGUACGUUUUAUGUAUCUUUUACCACAAUUUUUUAAAAAAGCAAUACAAGACAUUCUGUCUAGGCACCUCCACAGCUGGAAGAGCCUCUUGGGGCGUGGGGGAAGACCGAGACCCAGGUCACACCCAGCCCAAGGCCAGCAGCAUGGCCGGCACCAUGUUCUAGUGGGUGCUAGAGAAUCCAGGCUGUGGGACGCAGGUGUCCUCCCUGAACCAGGCCCUCCCUGGGACUGCUCAGCCCAGGGCCCAUACCCCUGUGUAACCCAAACUCCAUACCCAGCUCCCCAGCUCCCAGCACCGGGGAGGUGGCCCACAGGGCAGUCGCGGC